AUGGCACAAAAAGACGAGACCGGACGGCGACGGAAAGCUCAAGGCAAAGGCUUCUCUGGCGGCCUCCAGCAGAUCAAAGUGGCCCAGGUGGCACAGGAUGGUACCUCCCAUUGGGUAACAUGCCAGUCUGAACGUCUUGUGGAAGAAGGCUGCAUGCAAGAGAACCGGCUCAGGUAUGACCAGACCCGCUACCGCUACCCCUACCCCACUCCACCCAUGACUGAACCUUUGUAUUCCGACAUCAAUGGCCCCAAUGCCGAAAGUAACAGCCAAGCACUGCUCCGUGGUCUCUUUGUAAGCAAGACGGCGGAUCCUUAUCUGGUGUCAUUCCUGGAUCAUUGCCGACGGCCGGAUGGCUUGGAAGACCAGCCCCUGGAGGUGGAUUUGGAGGACCAUGUUAGCUUCUGGCGUAAGAUGGGGGAACACAAAGGUUCGGAGCCACACGGCUUGCAUAAUGGCCAUUUCAAAGCGGGAGUAGCAUCCAACUUGCUUGCCUGCUGCGACACGAUCUUUUGCUCCAUCCCUUUUGCUACAGGAUUUGUCCCAGCCCAGUGGUGCCACUUGCUCAACUUUGCAAUUGAGAAGAAACCAGGCGAGAUUUGGGUGGACCUCAUGCGCACAAUCCAAAUGAUGAAUUCAGAGCUGCAGGCCAACAACAAGAGAGUGGGGAAAUCGGCCAUGGCCUAUGCAGAGCAGCACAACUUGAUCCCAAAAGGACAACAUGGGUCUUGCAAGCGUCACCAGGCCAUCAAUCUGGCCCUUACAAAGCGUCUCACUUGGGACCUCUUGCAUCUUCAACGCCGCCCGGCCGGGUGGAUCUCCAACAAUGCCAAGUCCUGCUUGACCGGAUUGUCCACUGGGUGGCAAUCAUUAGCCUCAUGUGCUUUGGGAUUCAAUGGCGUACCCUUCACUCCAUGUUUGAUACACUGA